UUGUUUGUUAUCGUGAAACUUCCGCGGGAAGCCACGGCAUUUGAACGAGGCCAGAUCCGAAACCCAAAGCCGGCGAUAAAAUGUUAAACAUGGUUAGAAGCAGUUAUUGGUGAGAAAGAAUAAUUUGGAAGAUGCCGAUCGAAAUGCCUCAAGGAUUACCAUUCUCUGUAGACACAUGGACUCCAUCAUCCAAAAUCAGCAAAAGGCAUCAUUUCAUCACACACGCUCACAAAGAUCAUUCUUCAAACAUCACUUCUCAUUCCUCUUUCCCAAUUUACUCUACUUCCCUCACCAAAACCCUCCUCCUUCAACAUCACCCUCAGCUUGAUGCUUCUUUGUUUCUGGUAAUUGAAGUUGGUCAAUCCUUGAUUGUCGAUGAUCCUGAUGGAAACUUCACCGUUACCGCUUUUGAUGCCAAUCACUGUCCAGGGGCAGUGAUGUUCUUGUUUGAAGGAAAAUUUGGCAAUAUUUUACACACAGGAGAUUGCAGGCUCACCCUUGAAUGCUUGUUCAAUUUACCUGUCAAGUAUGUAGGGACGAAAGGAAAGAAGCCGCGUUGUCCUCUUGAUUGUGUUUUCUUAGACUGUACUUUUGGCGAUUUCGCUCGUGCCAUGCCUACUAAGCAUUCCUCUAUUCAACAGGUUGUUAAUUGUAUAUGGAAGCAUCCUGAUGCAUCGACAGUGUAUCUUACCUGUGAUAUCCUUGGACAGGAAGACAUUCUUGUUCAAGUGUCCCAAACAUUUGGAGCGAAGAUAUAUGUUGAUAAAGCCCAAAAUCCAGAAUGUUUCAAGAAUUUCAUGGUUACGGUGCCUGAAAUUGUUUGUGAAGAUCCAUGUUCUCGUUUUCAUUUAUUUGAUGGAUCUCCAGGACUAUAUGAAAGAGCACAAUCAAAACUGGUUGAGGCCAAGGCAACUCUCCAGACUGAGCCUCUCAUCGUCCGCCCUUCGGCUCAAUGGUAUGCAUGUGAAGAGUUAUCAGAUGUUCAAAACACUAAAAAGAAGAGAAUGAACGAAGCAGUUAAGGAUCAAUUUGGUGUUUGGCAUGUCUGUUACUCAAUGCACUCCUCCAAGGAAGAAUUGGAAGAGGCACUUCAACUUCUUGCUCCAAGGUGGGUUGUUUCCACAACCCCUCCCUGCAGGGCAAUGCAGCUCAAUUAUGUCAAGAAAUACUGUUUUAAUUCUAAAGUCAGUCUCAAUAACUCAGUGGUAAAGCUUUUGGGUAUGGCUGUGGAAACUUACGGCGAUGUUGAUGCAUUUGUCAAACCUGUAAACUGUUAUCCUGUGCUUCAAGGGACCGCUCAGCCUUGUGCACAAACUAAAUCACCUGUCAAGCAGUGCACUGAUGUAAAAGCACUGGAAAAAUUAACUCUUCCUGUUAAUCGCUCGCCUGUCACAUUAUUUGGAAGAGCAAGACUUGGUCUCAAAGAUGUCGACUUUUUACGAGGAGGGUGUAAUCUUUUACCGGUUAAUGUCCCUUUGCAAACAGUUUCAAGUGGCCCAAAACAAGAAUUCCUGGAUGAUGCUGUUGAAGUGAAAUGGGAGAGGUCGCCAGGAAGAAAGGAAGAUUUACAUAAUGUGGAUCAGCAAUCUGAGGUCCAGGAAAACACAAAAGUUCAUAAGAGUGCGUCUUAUGAAAAUAUUGGAUCCCCAGGCUUUAGUGAACAUGUCAGAAAGUAUUACAGGUCAAUGAAUCUUCCUGUGCUUCGGCCUCUUCCCUCAUUAGUGGAACUUAUGAAUUCCAGGAAACGUGCCAAGAGGGGAAUCAAUCAUUAAUCUAACUUUUCAGCGGUUAACUUUGAUUUACAAUGCUGGGAAGUGGGAAAUGCCCAUGGAUGGAGAUUUUAAAUGAAUUUAUUUCACUCUGCUAUUUCUGAAACUACUGUCUAUGCUGCAAUUGCAAGAAUGCUUGGCAAGAAGUAGCAAGGUGGGAGGGAAGAAUUUGAAGCAGCUCUGUAAAAUGUUGACCAUUCGUUACAGCAAUAAUGCGGUAAUAUUAUCUUUUCUUUGAUUAAGAGAAUGAGAUACAUCAAAAGGUGCUCACUAUUGAGUAAUAAAAUCUCAUGGGAGUUAUGUAUGAUGUCCUAUAGUCCCAAUUGAAACCAUUUUCUCUCUUAAAAGUAUCACAUAACAUGUAAACGCAAGGUUGAGGCCCGAGACAAGGAGGAGCAGAAGACAAGCUGAAAACUUCUGUGGUUGCAUAAGUAGUUGUAUCUUUUAUGUGUUAUUGCAUUUUUAAUAGAAGAGAGAAAUACAAAAACUA